AUGUCAAAUAUAGGCACAGCCCACUCACGAUCCUGCACAGAUAAGCAGGCUUCAGCAAAACUGACAGGUGAAACAGAAACUGAUGUUGAUCAGGGCCAAGACUGGGACAUCUUUGACAUCAAUGAAGCCGCUGGCCUGGACCUCCUGCAGGGGGAUAUUGAGCAUGAUGAAAUACCUGGCAGAAACUCCAUAAUAGGGGAUAAAUAUCGCUGGCCAACAACCGUUCCCUACUACCUGGAGGACAGUCUGGACAUGAACGCAAAGGGUGUAAUUCUGAAGGCGUUUGAUCAGUAUAGGCUAAAGACCUGCAUUGACUUCACACAAUGGAAUGGGGAGGAAAACUACAUUUCUGUGUUCAAAGGCAGUGGAUGCUACUCUUCAGUAGGUAACCGGCGUGUUGGGAAGCAGGAACUGUCCAUUGGUAAAAACUGUGACCGACUGGGAACAGUUGAGCACGAGUUUCUACAUGCUCUGGGUUUCUGGCAUGAGCAAUCCCGAGCAGACCGUGAUGACUACGUCAAAAUCAUCUGGGAACAAAUUGAACCCGGAAAGGAGCACAACUUUAAAACAUAUGAUGACACUGUGUCCAGCGCCCUGGGGGUUCCAUAUGACUAUGGCUCUGUGAUGCACUACAGCAAGACAGCCUUCAACAUCAACUCCAAACCCACCAUCGUCACAAAGAUCCCACAAUUCAUUGAUGUGAUUGGUCAGAGGAUGGGAUUCAGCGGCAGUGACCUAACCAAGCUCAACCUCCUCUAUAACUGCACUAAAUCCUCCACCUUUGUGGACAGCUGUGAUUUUGAGGAGGAGAACAUUUGUGGGAUGAUUCAGGAUUCUGACACAGCCAUGUGGGAACAGCGUGGCUCUGUGACCGGAGGGCCUCAGACUGACUUUACCAACAUGGGACAAUGCAAAGGAAAAGGAUACUUCAUGCAUUUCAGCACCAAAUCUGUUGAAGCGGGUGAGAGUGCUUCCCUUGAGAGUCGUUGGCUUUACCCCAAAGCUGGAGCUCAGUGUCUGCAGUUCUUCCUCCAUAACACCGGAGCAGCUGAUGAUGUUCUGAACAUAUGGGUCAAAGAGUAUGACCCAGACAGCCCCAGCGGUAAACUCAAAUUAUUCAAGAGCAUUUCAGGGGGGGUCAUGGGCUCCUGGGAGCUGCAUAAUGUCAACCUGAAUGUGACUCAGAAGGCCCGGGUGGUUUUUGAGGGGGUGAGGGGAAAGAGUCCAUCCCAUGGAGGUUUCUCUAUAGAUGACAUCAACCUGUCAUCCACACAAUGUCCUCAGCACAUCUGGCACAUCCGCAACAUGACCAACCUGCUGGCCACCACACCAGUAGGCAGGAAACUGUACAGCCCUCGCUUCCUGUCACCAUCGGGUUACUCCUUCCAGGUGGGUGUGUACCUUAACGGCGUAAGUAGCCGUCCCGGGUACAUGGCUACCUACUUGCACCUAACCUCAGGCCCCAAUGACCACAGCCUGAAGUGGCCGUGUCCAUGGCAGCAGGCUACCAUUGCCCUGAUGGAUCAGCAGUCGGAUAUCAGACAGCAGAUGAACAUGCACCGCAUGGUGACCACCGACCCCAACAAGAUGUCCUCAGAUGGUACUGAGUAUUACUGGGAUGACCCCAGGAAUGUGGGAUCUAAGGUAACCAUGUCUGAUGGCACCUCGUACUAUCGAGGACCCGGCUAUGGGACCAGCACCUUCAUCACACACAGCAGACUGAUGAGCAGGAAAUUCAUCAAAGGAGAUGACGCCUUCUUCCUCCUAAGUCUGGAAGACAUAUCUGGACUACUGGUUCCUCGCCCUCUGCCCCAGUCUGCAGCUCGCUCUUCUAUCAGAGCAGAAAACCAACCGGCUCCACAGGAAGCAGCCAGUGAGGUCGCUGUGGCUGUGGGAGCAUGUGUAGCGGUAGCCAUGAUGAUCAUUGCCAUGAUGGUGGGCACUGUCUGGAGGCUGAGGAGGAGGAGGGGACAACAUGGGAGCAGUGACAGCAUGGUCGUACAGGACACGCCUGGCUUCACGGGCAGUGAGCAUCCAACCAGCAACUUAGCUUCUCCUACAGCUACUCCAUGAUGGCCAGGAAAAGAAAUAAAAGGCAUCCCCUGACCAGACAACCUGGCUGUCUGAUUAACAGGCUCUCACAAUGGAGCGUCUACUUUAUUGGCAUCAAAUAAAAUCUUUGACAGCAGCUGUCUUCAACUUCUUCAUCAUCCAGUCCAGCUUCCUUGUUGUCAGGGAGACAACACUUCAAACUAGAAAAUAGCAUUUUCAUUAAAUCAAGAACCAUUUGAGCUGCUCAGACAGCCUUCUGACAUAUGAAUAAAGGGUUUUUGUGUGUCUUAAAUGGUUUUCCGAGCACGUCCCAAUGUCCCCGAGGUUUCAGGACGGAAAUGGUCUAAAAUAUGGCGGAUAUUUAAACAAGAAGAAAAAAGGAGCAAACGAAAUAAAGAACCAAUCACAAAGAA